AUGUCUUCCUCUUCGAAUAAUGCUGACUCCUCGAGUCUAGCCGGCAUGGUCAGGAACAGUUAUCUUCGGAACAUUUCCAUGUUUUUUCCCGACUCAUCGACCGCCAAGGAAUAUGGGGCUCGAUCCCCCUUCAAGUUUGCUUCGAGACCCAUCGCUCAGCUCGAGGGCGACAGCUGGACUAAGGAUUGGUAUGGUGGUGUCUCUAAUUGGACUGGAGUCAGAAACAGUAUCUGUCUCAUACCAGCUAGCAAGGAACGUCAAAAUGACAACCGGUCUUCGAAUCCCAUUGACAAGGUCGAGCUCAUUUCGGAGUGGAAGACCAUAAAACCCUGUGCCCUCGGUAUAGUUGAUGAAGCGGAUCAAAGAAAAUUAGGUAAAGGUGACGCAAGUAUCACGCUGAAAAGCAAGCUUGUCGUGGACGCUUCUCAGUUUGUUCAACAUUCGGGAUCGCUUCGGGAGAACCCCAGCUUGUAUCAGCCAGUUGGAAGCGACGGUCCGAUCAGAAAUGACAAGUUCGAUGACUUCGCUAAUCUAAAAAGGUCGAUUCCCGAUUUUAUCAGAAUCAUGAAUCAUCUCAAUUUUCACCGGAAAGAGUGGCUGGGGGAAAAAAUUGAUCUCUCGGGAGUUGAAAAUUUCACCAUGACAACUGCUUCUUUCAAUCUUUCAAAGGAGAGGGACUGUCCAGGUGAUAACUUGACAGAGGUGACAUUCUCCUGGUCGGAAAGCGACUCAGAUCGACGGAUCCCUGUUAGUGGGAAAGAAGUGUUAACGGCUGAAUUCCAGAUCACAAAUUGCCAAUGGUGGUGA